CGACGAUAACCAGGUGAAAACGUGCUCCACAUUUAAAGAAUAUUAAUUAUUUCAUAAAUUAAAUUAUAAAUGCAAAAAUUAAUUAUGUUAACUCUGUCCUGGACGUGAAGCGGGACAAUUGCGGAACAUUUUACGGGACCUAACUUUACGCUAUGGAAUCAUGUACUUACCCAUAAACUGACAAAAUCUUUUGUCCGCAAAAUAAUUGAUAUUGACAACUUUAAUUGUUAUAAUUAGUCGUAAAAUAAUCUCUUAAUCAUGUCAAGAGAUAUAUUAUGAUUUAUUUCGACUUCAUAUAAAAUAAUUAUGCAAGGAAAUAAAAUAAAAAGAUUUGUUUAUAAAUCUUUCCCUGAAUCAAGUAAAAAUACUGAGCAAAAGUUUCAAAAAUCAAAUGACAGAUGCGACUUUCCUGAUGACCUAAACAUGCUGCUGUCACAGCCAGCAAGUAAAAAAUUUAAAUUGAAUAAUGGAACUAAAAAAAGAGCUGAAUUAGUUGUUAAACAAGAAAACAUGUUUGAUGAAUUUGAAGAUGGUUUUGAUUUUAAUGAGGCAGAAAAUGAAAUUAACAGGAUUGAAAUAGCUGCUACACAACAAGUUAAUUGCACAAAAUCGAGUAAAUCUAGCAGUGAAAAUGAUACAAAAAUUAACAAUCCAGAUUGUAUUUUAGAUGAACUAAUGGAUGAUAACUUUGGUUGUGAAAUAGUAAAAGAACCAUGCAGUGUCCCAUUAAUAAAUAAAAACACUUUAAAAUUAAAGUUACCUAAAAAGAACUCUAGUUCAUUCAGCAGUUCUCAUAAAGAAGAACUUCCUGUUGAUGGAUCUGUAAACUUAAAUACAAAAAAAGAAAUAAGAGUUGAAGAAAAUUUUUUUAAUAUUAAUGAAUCAUACAAGUUAUCAGCAAAACUACCUGAAAACAUAGUCACAGCUAAGCAGUUAAUUGAAAAUAAUAAAACGCAGGAUAUAAUUUGUCAGUUAAAUGACUUGAAAUGUAAGUUAACUGAUUCUGAACGAAGGUACCAAUCGAAAGAUGGAGAAAUUAAAAUUCUUCGUGAAAGCAUAAGAAAAAUGUCAGAGCAAGAGUACAGAUUAAAAGAAUCAGUUAAUAAAUUAGAAAAUGAGUUAAAGACACAGCAGAGUGAAAAAGAAAAAAAUCUUUUAUCGGAAGUAGAAAGAUUACAAACUCAGUUGACAUUCAAUCAAAAAGAAAUUGAAAGUGUUCAAGAGCAAAAUAAAAAGUUAAUUAUUGCAACUCAAAAAAAAAAAAUUCCACCUAAUCUAAAAGGUUCACCAAAAACUAGUUUCAAUGCUGAGGGGUUUAAGGAGUCAUCAGUUAACCAAAACUUAAUUAGUUUUUUGCUACCUAAAGUAUCUUCAGAAUCUAGUAAGUUAUCUUCAGAAAAAUGCUAUAAAAUUGAAUCAAAGAUGCUGUAUAAUGCUUUAAAAAAUAGUAUGAAGUGCUUUCCUACAUCAUCAUCUUAUUGGAAUAAAUUUAAUAAAAUUAAAAACAAUAAUAAACAACUGUUUUUUUGUAAUCAUACAGAUAAUCUUGAAAACAAUAGUGAAAUAGAAACAUACAGUAUAUUGCAAUCUUCUCUUUUGAUAUUAGAGUAUAGUGACAUUUACAUAGGUGAUUUUUUGAAUAAAAUAAUUGAUUAUAUUUCAAAGUUAAAAACAAUGUUACUUACGUGUGAAGUUCGUUCUAUUGAACCCAUUAAAAGUAUCAAUAACGAAAAACAUAAUAAUCAAGUUUUAUGUUCUCAUUGUAAAAAAGUAUAUCAAGAAGGACUCUACAGCUUGUUCAUUCUUGGAGAAAGUUGCUUAGUUUGCAAAUCAAUAAAUUCUUGCUUCUUAGAGCGACCAGGAUAUGAAAUAAAGAGAGAGCAUAAAAAAUCUGCAUUUGGAGAUAAGGUAUAUCUUCACAAAUAUGAAAAUGAUGAUCAAUGUAUGGUGUUAGUCGAGUCUAUGGAAGCAUCAACUAUCAAUGAUCAGCAGCAUAGCAGUUUUUUCUCUAACAAUCAAAGUAAAGCACUUAGAAUAUGGAAAAUUUUGCAAGAAGUUAAUAAUCUAGAUCAGGUCCAUUUUGCUGAUUUAUUUGAAAUGAUUAUAUUGUUUUACACAAAAUUGACCAUGGGAUAUCAUAAUAGUGACAUAUUGGUCGAGUAUUUAAUAAAAGAACAACUUCUAGCAAAGUUUUUACAAAAACCAACUCUUGCUAAAUGUUCUUCAGUUUUAUAUCUGUUUCAAAAUUGUCUUACUUGCAAUGAUAUAUACAAUCUCAUUUGCACUAAAUCAGACAACUGUCCUUUGUUAUUCAUCAGUCAAUCUAUUGUAAAAGAUAUGAAUUGUUCUUUAUCAUAUGAUGUAUUUAAUGAGUUAGUACAAUGUCUGUCUUCCUUGAUAUCAACAAAUCAAACAAAAGCGCUUGAUACAUUGCUUGAGAUUGAUUGCCAAUGUGCCAUUGAAGUUGUUGAAAAUAUUGUAAUAUUUCUUGCUAACAAUCUGAAGACUCUUCAAAGAGAAGCUUUCUCAACAAACGAUGCAGAACUUACAGACACAGUCAAAAAUCAGUUAAUAGCUUUUCGGCAAGGUCUGUCUUUACUUUGCGUCUUGUGUACAAAUGACAAAAAAAUUAUUGAUAAGCAAUCCAGUGUUGAGUGGACUUAUAUUUACUUGCUUGGUAGUGCUAUUAGUUUGUUUAGAAGAAUGCCUACUGUUAGCGAAAAUGAAGUGCAUGCUCUAGAAGACUUAUUGGAAAUGGAACAGUACAUGGAUGUUUCAGAAGAAACGCAUACUGAGCAAGAGAUCAUUCAAGCUUGAGAAAACGAAGAUAAAUUGGUAAAUGAUGCGAUUGGCUACAUGGAGUUUUUAAAAAUCGUCACUGAUGGUUUACUUCAUUGCAUUAAGAUUACUCCGCAAUCAUUGCUCAAAAAGAAAAAAAAAAGGAAAUAAAC